CUCGACGCUCAUCGCCACCACCUCCUUGCCUCCACGAACCCCGGCUGCAAAAGAUCUAACCUCCUGCUCUUUCUCCCUCCUACAGGUGUUGGUGGAGUAUGAUGACGUGGAGUGGCAGCGGCGGGAGUGGGUGCACGUGUACCGAGGACAGUUGUUCCAGAUCUUCCUGCUGGAGAAGACCCUGGCGUGGGCAACCCGCACGCCGCACUCCAAGAUGCGAGGCACGCCCAUCCCCUGGCCGGCGCUCGUGUACGUGGGUCUGGUGGACCAAGCCGGGAUCUCGGAGCACAAGUACCGGCCCGUCGAGUACCUGGUGGACCGAACGCUGGACUACCACGACUACACACAACUCCAGCCGUAUCAGGAUGGCGAGUGUGCUAUCGUGUGCGGCGAGGAGUGCGGGCGUGCGGUGCGGGCGUGGGUGGGCGAGCAGGACGGACAGAGGAUCCUGCUCACCACGCCCUCGGUGCUGGUGGGCUUCAGGGUGCAAGUGUACCGGGCCGAAGGGACGACCCAGUGGUACACGGCGGUCAUCGUGGGCUACAACCACGCAACAAGGGAGCUGACGGUGACCGACGACACGGUGUUGGAAGAGCACUCUGAAGACCCGAGCUUAGUGCAGAUACGGCUUAUCGGCGAGGGAGUGGUGGAGAGCAUCUUACGGGGAGAAAAUGUCGGUAUUACGCCACGCCGGUCUCGCACUGCAACCAACAACCACCACCAGACAGGG